GGGUUAACAUUUUGAGCGUAAAGCCACACCUUGGAUGGAAUCAAGAAAGAUCAAAUGUACCUAUUCCAGAGUUUGGAGAAAAGCUUCAGGGAGAUCUUUGAGGCCUACGUUGGGUCAGAACAAAGGUAUUCGUGGUGGAGAGUUCCCGGUAGAAGAAUCAAGUCCUUUUCAUUCCCAGCACGAGAAAGCAAUAGCCAUUCAUAUGGUAGAUAUGCCUGUAAUCCAAACAUCGCCUAGUCCUGAAGCUUCCAGUCGACGGAUUCUCCAUGCGCUCACACCACCGCUGUUCGAUUACACUCAAUACAUGGAAAGUCCUUUGGAUGAACCCAAGCCUUUCAAUACCCAAGAUGAUUACAAUAUAUUACCGCGUUCUACCUCUCCGUUUAUGAGGCCUGGUUUUAGCCAAUGGAAUAGCAACGGCCCGGAAUAUGAUACCCCGCAACAUAAAUAUCGAUUUAGCGAUGUCGAGGGCUGCAAAAAAAUCGAGAAAGAUUGUCAGUCUGGGAAUCUCCCAGCAAACGUUUCUAACAGAGCAAAAUACCUUUGGAAGAUACUCUCCCAGGCUGCUGCAGACUACAAUUCUCUUCGUUUGGACGAAACAAUGGAUAAACUGCCAGCAGUUCUUGUUGCUUGCUGUAUCUACAUCGCAUGUCAACAGUGCAAAAUUCCCCGAACCUUCAUUGCAAUUCGCGUGUUCACAGAAACGUCAUCAUUGUAACUCCGUCAGUCUGUUCGCAAAUCCUUUCAAAUUAUUCAGAAGCACAUUGAUGAGACUAAAUGCUCUUGUUUUAGAGCAUUCAGGGCACCUUCUGAGGAAUGCUGUCAGAUAUGCCAUAGGCUGUAUAAAGAGGAUUACAUGAGCGGAACAUCCGAGUCACUAGUUUUUUGUUUAGAAUGUUCGGGUGCAUAUCACAUGAGUUGUACAAAAUCACUCAAUGCGACAAUUGCAACCCCCA